GGAGCUUUUGUAGUUUGCGCCACUAUAAAGCGUGAUGGAGCAUAUGCCGUUGUCGGAACUGAGUUAUCAGCUGACUCGUGACCCGUUGUCAUAUCGGUCAGACUUUGAAGCGCAACUGGAGAACUAUACCACACUGAAACAGUCAUUUUCAUCUGCUCCUUCACAAUUUAUAAGCCGUCUAGAGGACUUACUGUUGUUUUUAUCCCAGGUUGUGAAAUUUUAUCCAGACCAUGUUGGGGAGUUUGCUUCAAGUGUUAUCCAGACACUUCUCUCCCGUGCAUUUGGUAUGCAUCCCGACAUGCGCAUGGCUUUUUUGAGAGCAUUUAUGCGUCUGCGGACCAAAAAUCUGAUAUCAGCUAUCCAAGCAGUCGAUGUCGCUUUUAAAUUGCAUCGAUGCCGUGAUAAAGAAGUUCGAAAAACUUUACGCCAUUUCUUAGUUAGUGAUAUCAAAAGGAUGAACAAAACCCAAAAACAAACCAAAUCAAAUGCGGUCAUACUAACAUUCCUUUCGAAGAUGAUAAAAGAUAGUAGCUCAGCUGUGGCACGAGAAGCAGUGCUAAUCCUACUAUCUUUAUUUCGAAAAAAUGUCUGGAACGAUGCGAGAACUGCCAACACCAUCGCCGAUUCCUGUCUAAUCAGUAACAAGAAGGUUUAUGUUCCUGCUGUACAAUUUUUCUUGGGAAAGUUGAAGGCAACGGGUGAAAUGGAUAGCAGCAGUGAUUCCGCGUCAGAUAUUGAUGAUGAAACCAAAAUUAAACAGCUACGAAUGGGACAUCGUGUAGGAGUUAAAACUAAAGGACGAAAAAAGCGUCUUGAACGAUCAAUCAAGAAUGUAAACAAGGAAAAAGAGAGAAAAAUUAAAAAACGUGCUGAAUUAACCAAUUUUCAUGCUAUAAAUAUGUUGCAUGAUCCUCAAACUUUUGCAGAAAAGCUAUUUCGAAAGUUGGAACGUUGUUCAGAUCGUUUUGAAAUUCGUCUUUUGAUUCUUGAUCUUAUAAGUCGCCUUAUUGGAUUGAAUAAGUUGAUUCUACUCAAUUUUUAUCCAUUUAUACAACGAUUUUUACGUCCACAACAAAGAGAAAUUACCCACUUGUUAUUGUUCUCAGCACAAGCUAGCCACGAUCAGGUCCCACCAGAUGUGAUAGAACCUAUGGUACGUGUGAUAGCUGAUAAUUUCAUCACUGAACGUGCUUCAUCAGAAGCAAUAGCUGUUGGAUUGAAUUCAGUACGUGAGAUUUGUGCGCGUUGUCCGUAUGCAGUAACCCAAGAUUUGUUAUCUGAUUUAAUUCAGUACCGAUCAUAUAGGAAUAAAAAUGUUGUUGCUGCAGCACGAUCAAUUAUUCGACUUUAUCGACAAAUAAACCCUGAGCUUUUGCCGCGUAAAGAAUGUGGACGUCUAACAGAAUCACAAGUGGAUAUACUAACACAUGAUAUACCGCAUGAUGUUGCAAUUAAUUAUGGACAAUGUAUUACAUCAUCAGUAGUUCCUGGCGCUGAAGUACUUGUCUUAGCCUCAGAACAGUCUGGUGCCAAAAAGAAUCAGCUGUCUAAAGAAACCGACUACAAUCAAAAGGAAUGUGGUAAUGAAGACGAUAAUUCAUGGGAAUCAUAUUCGAAUGAUGAAGAAUCAGAAGACGAUGAUUCAGAUGGUGAAUGGGUGAAUUUAUCUAACUCUUCUGAUGAUGAAGAAGAAGAGGUUGAAAAAAACAAUGAUAUCAUGGAUGCAGAUAAUAGCGGUGAAAAUGCUUCAACAAAGAAACCAAAUAUUGACCCAAAUGUUUUGAAGGCAAAAGCUUUGGAGAUUGCAUCUUCACGUACAUUUACACAAGAAGAGUUUGAGGCUAUGCGUAAAUAUCAACAAACAAAGCAGAAACGUUUUGCAUCUUAUGGUGCUUUACGAAAUAAGCGUAAAUCAGAUACAGAUUCGCAUUUCGUUAUUGAUUCUGAUGAUUCUGAUAAUGAUAAUACUGGUGUUGGUGUACAGAAUAAAGAUGGCAGUUUAGGCAAUCUAAUCAGUAUGAGUGCAAUCACAAGACUAGUGAAACGUUCACGUCAAUCUAAAGCAGAACGAAUGGAAGCUAUUGAAGAAGGUCGAGUUGGACGAGAAAAAUAUGGUUUUAAGGUGAAUCGUAUGAAUGCGCAUGCCAGUACAACAAAUCGUGAAAAAUUGAAGAAUAAAACUUUUCAAAUGAUUAAGCAUAAAGUUCGACGUAAAACAAAGCGUAGUUUCAAGGAGAAACAAGUGGCACUAAGAGAACAUUUAACCCGACUUAUGAAACGUUCACGAUAGUCAACAUCUAAACAACAUUCAGCGACUGACUGUUUGAUUAAUUGAUAUAAUGACUUUCUCUUUAUUGUUUAGUUGGAUAAAAGGUGUUUGUUCAUUUGUAUGUGUAUGUAUGUCAAUUGUUUGUUUUUUUUUGAAGCCGAGAAUGAGGAUGUGAGACAAACAUGGUGUUGUGUAAAAAUGAGCCUUUUUUUCUGUACAUAAAUAAUGAUUCUUUUGACAUUGGAAUAAAUUUUCUCUCCCGUGAGCCA